GGUUCUUUCAUGGAGUAUUACUAGUGACUGUAUUAGCGUAUUUUCUUGAAGAAAUAUUUAAUGUAAAGAGUUUAUAUGAGUAUAUACAUUAAUAACGAUAACGUCACUAUAAAAGAAGCAAUCUUAGUUUUAAUAUGAAAGCAGUAAUACAACGUGUCACAAAAGCUAGUGUUUCAGUUAUAAAUUUUAUUAUAUAAAUAUAUAUAUUAUAUUAUAUAUAUAUAUAUAUAUAUAUGUAUGUUAUUAAAAGAUGAUAAAAGAUAAUGAAAAUACAUAAUGAAAAUCAUUUAAAAAAUUUUGAAUAUCAAUUUAAUUAUAACAUUCACAUAUUUAUCUAAAAUAUCUAAUUAUUUAAUUUUCACUUCUUAUUGAAACAUGGAAAACGAAAAAGAAGAAGAAAAAUCAGCAGAUAUAGAAAAUAAAUGUUUAGAAGAUAAAUCUGAUUUUUCUUCACAAAUAAAAAAUACAAAAAAUGUUCAAUUACGGAAAACUAAAGCUACGAAUACUACAAAUGAUGAAUUAUUUAAUCUACGACACACACAAUCGCGGGAAAUUCAAACGGAUAUUGUUGAUAUAGAAACAAUAGAAAAAUUAAAAAAUCGGCUAGAUACUUUAAUGAAUUCUUUAGCUACUCUUUCAGCAGAGAAAUCUAAAAUGGAAGCAACUUUUCAACAAGAUAAAAAGCAGUUAAGAAAUGAACGAGAUGAAUGUGAGAAAAUAAUUAAAGAUUUAAAAGAAAAAUUAAAAAGAGCGCAAACAAAUUAUUCAGAAAUUGAACAUGUAAAAUGUAAAUUAAUUAUGGAACGUCACGAAAGGGAAAAAGAACAAGCUGAUCAUGCAAAAAUGAUAAAAGAACUUCAAAAAUUAUUAAAUGAUGAACGACGAAAUAAAGAACAACUUGAAAUACAAGUAAAAAAUCAGUUUGCAUAUAAAACCCAAUGUAAAAUACUCGAAACUGAAUUAGAAAUAACUAGAAAUAAACUUAAACAAGCACAAGAAGCAGCUAUAGAAACACCUCCAAUUCUUUUAUCAUUACAAUCUAAAAUGGUUCUUAUGAAGAAACAACAUUUGAAUGCAAUACAUGAAGAGCAAAAAAGGACAGCUGCUGCAGAACAACAAGCUAGAGCAUUAGCAAUGACUCAUGAAGCAAGAGUAGCUGGUUUAGAAGCAAGAUUAGCUGAACUUUCAGAAAUUGUUGGAGGAUAUGAUAGACUUAGGCAGCAAGAUCAACAAGCUAUACAAAAAUUGAAAGAUCAAUUAGUUAGUCUACAAAAUUCUGAACAUGAUUAUAUUAUUUUAAAUAAUGAACCUGAAGAAAUUAUUUCUAGAAUAAAAAAUCUUUAUAAUAAAUUAUUAGAUUUAGAUAAUAAAAAAACUGAAUCACCAUAUGUUAAAUCUUUAUUACAUAGCUUAAAUUUAUGUGAUAAACAACAAGUUAUUGACUAUAAAGAAAAGUAUGAAACUUUAUUACAAGAAUUAGAAGAUUAUAAACAACAAAUGAAAUAUACCAAUGUUGCAAAUAUAUCAUAUAAUAUGCAGAGUCAAAAUAUUACAUCAUCUCAUGAUAAAAAUAACAAAACACAAUUACAUUUUUUAAAAACAUAUAAUAACAAUUUAGAAGAAAGAAUACGUGUUUUAAAUAAUGAAAUUAUAAAUAAAGAAAGAGAAUUGCAAUUGAAAUUAGAGCAUCAAGAAAAGUCAUUUCAAGAAGAGCAUGCAAAAUUGAAACAUUUAUUAUUACAAAAAGAUAAUGAAUUUCGUAAUAAAAUAUCUACAUUGGAACAACAAUUAUUACGUCAACGAGAACGAUCAAUGGCUCUCAUCGAAGAAAAGGAUAAAGAAAUUUUAACUUUAAAAACAUCAUUCCACGCAUUAUUACCUAAAAAAGAAAGUACUAUAGAAAAUAAAUCAAAUACUUUAAAACAUGAAAAUGGAACAGAACCAAUAACUGAUUUAGUAACAGGAUUAUUAACAAGCGAUAGUCCUCCAAUAUUACAUUAUAGUCAAGAACUAGCAAGAAAAGAAGUUCAAGUAUCAACAUCUAGAAAAAAAGUUUUAGAAUUAGAAGCUACAUUACGAGAAAAACAAAGAGAAAUCGUACAUAUAAAAGAGAAACAGAAAGAAGACAUAAAAACUUUACAAACUCAAAUUGCUAGGCUUGAAGCUUGCAAAUCUAGAGAAGGAGCAAAUCUUGAAUAUUUGAAAAAUGUUUUUAUUAAUUAUUUAACUACAAGUGAUGUUUCAAGUAAACGUCAUAUGCUAAAUGCUAUUUCCACAGUUUUGCGUUUUACUUCAGAAGAAUUAAAUAAGGUAAAAUAUUAAAUAAUUAUGAAAUGAAUAAAAAUAUUAUAUACAAAUUAUUAUUUAAUUUGAUAUAUAUUGUAAAAUUUAUUUAUUUCAAUAUAUUUUUGCAUUAUUGCAAAAUAUUUAAUAUUUGAAAAAUAUACAUUAAUAAUGUUCAUAAAUUAAGAAAUCUAUUAUUAAUUUGAGUCAUAUUAAUAAAAAUAUUAUUUUAUAAUAUUUAUAUUACAAAUUAGUUUUAAAAUUAAAAUAAGAUAUAAGCAUAAUAUCUUGACAUUCCUUGUAUUAUUUAUAUAAGUUUGAGAUUUAAAAUAUGUAUAUAUAAAAUAAAAAAAAUUAUAGAAAUAUAGCUAUAAAAUUUAUAAUUUAAAAGUGUUUAUAUUUUUUAUUCAAAUGUGUAAAUAAUUUUUUACUUUAAAUAAAUAUAUAUUAUUAUUUUUAAACAUCGUUAUAAUUUCUUUAAUCAUAUUUAUAAUAAGCACAUUAAUGCAAAUAGAAAAAUAAUAUUAUAUAUAUAUAUUAAAAUUUUAGUUGUGCAAUUUAAUAUGUAUUUAUACCAAUAUAUACUAAUUAUAAAUAUAGGAAGAAAUAAAAGAUGAAGAUUACGUUCAAUUUUUAUAUUACUUAUAAUCUUACAAUUAUGUUAUGUGGCAAAUGUGGACAACUCAGAAAGAAAAAUGAAGCUCUUUGUUGAAAUAUGUUGUACAAAGUAUGAUGUACAUUUUAAUACAUUGAUUAAUUAACAUUGCCAUUAUAUGCUCGAUCUUACGUUGUCGAAGGAAUAAUUUUAAAUGCACGUCGACAUUUACGAUGUCUUAUUGUUAUUUUUAAAUAUGUAAUUAUUUUCUGAAAUUAAUAACAAAAAGUUUAGUACGCAUCACGUAUAUGUUCUGUUGUAUUUACUUAUAUUUCAGUUUAUGUGCUACGUGCAUUAUAUACAAAAAGAAAUGACUAAAUUGUGACGUCACGUUUGGCAUGUAUUUAGCGUUUAAUCGGUUGAUGAAAAAAGAAUUAAACAACUUAUCGAUAGUGUCUUUGAUAAGUUUCAAUGUACUUAAUUGUACGCAUUUUUAUCGAAAAUCUGUACAUCUCGAAGCUGCUAAAUAUUUUCCUCACAAAUUCUCUAACAAUAUAUAAUUCAAUUUAUAUUUCGUUUCUUCUCACCGGUAAUAACAUGUCUUCGAAGCAAAUCAUUAUCUAUAUACAGAUUAAAAAUCCACGCUUCGUUUUUUUUAAUCAAUAAACAUUGUCGAACUUUCAAUCUCCAGUUUGUUAAUAAAAUACAGGCAAACGAUUAUCAAACGAUCGGCAUAUUCAUAUUCAUUGUUCGGUUUGCACUUUUAAUAAUUCUCGCUAAACACUGUUUUUUCGACAUUCUGCGACAUUGCGAUCACAUUAAUUUUUUUCAAGUCACGAGUUAUCUAUUCUAUCGAAAAUAGGCAAUCCUUACACAGGCUUCGAGUUUAAAAACUUUUACACAUACACAGUUGUUUCUCUUUUUUUUUCAUCUCGUGACAUUUUAAUUAGAACAUUUUAUUAAGUAUCUUCAAGGCAUGAUGAUGUACACCUGUUCGAUGGUAAUUUCAGGCUCAGAAUGUCGGCGAUUGUCAACACAGAUUACAACAUUUUAUUUGAUAACACUUGUUUAAUAUUUUUAUAAUUAGACAUCGGUAUAUAAUAUAUAUGAUUCUUUAAUAUAUAUAUUUUGUGAAGAAUAUUUCUUGUGAAUAAUUAUUUCGUAUUUAUCUGCUUUCUGAAAAUUUGUAAUUGGUAAUCUGCUAAGAUUCUUUUCUUUCUUUCUUAUUUGUUUUUUUCUUUUUCUUUAUAUAUAUAAUGAUGUUAAUAAUACUAAUGUACAGAGGCCCUUAAAUAACAUUUCCCCGAGAAGAGUGCAUAUCUCUGUAUAUAAUGUUGGAAUAACAUCUGUUUCAUUUGUGCACUUCAUUGAAAAAUAUCUGCGCUUUCGCAUUCUAAUACUUUACUUUAAAAGGAAAAAGAAAAGCCAAUUCUUAUAUUCCUUCAUAUUUAAAGAAGUCUUUCAUCGAUUAUGACGGACUAUUUCUUGUAUUAUCUGUAAGUAUUUUUUCUUUCUCUUUUUUUUCUUUUUUUAUUCAUUAUUAUUAAUUUUUUUCCUUUAUUAUAAUCUUAAUACAAAUACUAAUAUAGUAUUUUAUACAACAAUAAUAUCAUACCUAUUAUAAUAUUUAUAAUAAUGAUAUAAAUAUUAUAGUAUCGGUAUACAUUAUAUAACUUGUAUUAAAAUUAUAAUAAAUUUGAAUCUGAAUCUGACAAAAGAAUCGUUUUAAGAUGCUGUUCUGUUAGAAAGUUAAAUAUUCCCUAUCGAUGGUAUCAUCGAUUUAACGCAUUUAAUCUUAUUAUAAUCUUACUCCUUAACAUCUUUAUGCGAAGUCUCUAAAAGCAAGAGAAUAAAAUCUAUCAAUUGAUCUUAUCUAAUCGGCAUCAUUAGAUUGUAUACAAAGAAAUAAAUUUCAUCAUUUUAACAUGAUUUAUAAUUUUCGAAUAUAAUCAUGUCACUCUGUACGUUGAUGUUGCUCCUUUUAUUUGUUAUCUUUUUCUUCUAUUUGUUAUUUUUCUUAAGACAAAUACAACAAAUAGGCAUAAAAUUGUUUUUUUUUUUUUUUUUAAAUAAAAAUAUCAAGUCAUCCUACAAAUAACACGAUUUGUUAAAGUUAAAAUUAUAGUAAUAAAAGUAUAUGAUCGCAAUAUGACUUUUAUAAUAAAGUAAAAAAAAAAAUUUAAUGGAAAGAUGGAAAAUUAUUAUAGAAAUGAAAAAAAAUAUAUUAUUUAAUAAUGGACAGAUAAUUUAUUUUCAUCUAAUAUAUUUAUUGAAAAAACCGAAUUUUUUGUAAGAUGACUUAAUAUAUUCAUUUGCAUUUGAAUUUCUUCCAUUUUUUUUGAUAUUAACUGUACGGAAGCAAUACAAAACAUCUAACGGAGAGAAUGUAUUUGUAUAACAAUAUUAGUGUGUUACAUUAUUUAUAAUGUUAUCAUUAGUAUUAAUUCGUUUUGUUUUCGUACAGUAAUAAAGGACAUCGCAAGCGAUUCAAAUUUUUAAUGUUAAUUCAUAAUUCGCUGGAUAAAAUGAGAUUCUUUUGUUGCUCUAAAUGCAAGCAACAUUCCAAAAUAUGAUUGGUGAAAUGAGCUUAUGAAAUUUGUUAAGGAAAAAGCAUCAAUGAAUAAAUAACUGAUAUUUCUUGUGCACAUUAGAGCAAUGUGACAUUGUAUAAUUUGCUACGAACAAGUAAUUACAAUAAAUAUUCCUAUUUUUAGAUAUAUUUUUAUAUUUUUUAACACAAUAAAUAGAAUUCAAAAUCAUGGAUUUCUUUUUCUAUUACAUUCUCUUCGUAUCAGAUAUUUAUACUAAUUUAUUUUAUAAAAAUAAAUAAAAAGUUAUGAUGAAAAAUAAAUAAAAAAAAAAACAGAAGAAAAAGGAAGUAUGCAGAAGUUUGAAAGAAUUUGAAGACAACUAGAAUUCUCGCAAAUAUCAAUUUUUUUCUUUUACAUAUAUAAUUAUCACAUAUUAUAUGUGAAAUCUUAAAUAUUUUAUGAUCAUUAUGUUUACGAUUACAAUGAAAGUUUCCGAUACGAUGAAAAUAAAUUAUCAUAAAAAUUAUGUAGAAAACAUUAUUGUAAUUAAAACAUAAAAAAAAAAGAAAAAAUAAAUUUAAAAAAAAUUGAAUAUUAAAUGUUGUUAUUAUAAACAUGACAGAACUUUUUUUAAUUUUUUGAGAAAUUAUAUUGUUUACCUAUAAUUAUUUUUUGAAUUUUUUGUUAAAUUGAUUUUUUAUUGUUAAUAAAUAAUAUACUUAUUUAUAAAAUACCUUUUUAAAGGAUAUUAUUAUCAUACAUGCGUAAUACGCGUGUAUAUCUUUUCGAAAAGGUAUUUUCUGUUCUUUUAAAACUUGCCGCAAUGUAAAUACAUGUCCGUCGCAAAUAUCACAAUGCUUAUCGAACAAACUUCUAACUUCGAGAUUUCUUUUUUGUUAUACUAAUGUCCCAUAUCGUUCGGAUCGUUCUUUAGAAAAUGUAUUUGUAAGUCAAAAUGGCCAUAAUGGCAAAUUUGGUCCAACAACUGGUUCUCGUAUAGGAGCAUUGGAAUUAAAAUCUGUCUAUCGCGAAAAAUCGUCUGCAUAUUUUAUUUGUGUAUUUACUAUUUAUAAAAUCUCAAUAUAUACGUAUGAUUAAAUGAAAAAAAAGAAAACUAUUAAAUAUAAACAUAAUUCUUCUAACAAUGAUAAUUAUAAUAUAUUUGGAUUUCAAUUUUUUCAUAAUAGCCUUUACCAAAAUUUAUUUUCAGAAAAAUUUUAUAAAAAAUUGUUUAAAAUUUGUUUUGUUUAUUAAUUAAUUCAUCAACAUAAAAUAUUAAUAUUAUGCUUUAUUUAAAUUUAUGUUUUAAAGUAAUUUUACAUAACAAACAUAAUUUUUAUUUUUUUCUAUCCACUCGCGAAUAAACGAAAUAAAUAAUUAAUAAUAAUGUUUGUUUAUGUAAAAUUAUUAAAUAAAAUUUAAUAUAAUUGACAUUUGAAAUAUUAUGUGCAAUAUAUAAAUAUAUGCAAUGUUUCAAUGUAAUUAAUACAACUUGAGAUUUUUUAUUUAAAAUUCUCAAAGAUAUUCUAUUCUUUUUUUUUUUUAAUAAUAUAUUUUUUACUAAUUAAAAGAAAAAAUAUUUAAAGUCAAUAAUUGUUUUAUACUUUAAGUAAUAAUUCAAUUUUUAAUGUACGUUUAAAACUUAUUAUAAAAGUAUUACUAUUACUUUAAAUAUAUUGAUAAAAUAGCAAGAAUAUCCAUAUAUAAAGCAAUAAAAGAUAUAAAUCAGGAGUUAUAUUCAUCUAUUAUUAAUAAAAGAUAUCUAUUUGUCAUUAUUUUUUACACAUUCGAAAAAUAAUGAAAUGUUAUUACAAAAAAAAAUAUGUACUAUAAUAUGUACAUGCAUCCAGUAAUUACAUGUAUAUUAAAUAUAUUACAAACUUUUAUAUUUGCAGUAUUAAAUUUUUAAAAAUGCAAUAUUAAUAUCUCGAAUAUCAUUUAUAUAAUUAAAUUAUAUGCAGUAUAAUUGUAAGAUCAUAUGCACGUAAUAUGAAAAUGAUAAUAUUAUUAUUAAAUUGUUAUUUAUAAAGACUUAGAAUACUUUCAAGAAUAUAAUUCAUCUUAUCUUAUUAACCAAAAUUGAAAAAUAAUUUUUAAAGACGUUUCAAAUCGAGAGUUUUAAGAAAUAUUUUUUCAAAUUUGAUGAAUUGUCUGCGGACGACAUUGCAUAGAUUGGUCAGAUUUUAAUCCCUCAGCCUAUUAUUUCUAUAAUAUGUGUUUUAUAUAUGUAUAUGCAUAUGUAUCAUGUGUAUAUGUAUAUAUGUAUGCAUUUAUAAGUUGUCAAAUAUUUCACAGUGUAACAUUUUGUUUCUGUUUUUUCUUCAUACAAUUAUACUUUAUUACCUACGCAUGUACAUGCAUGUACUUUUUUUGGUACAAUGCAUCAAUGCUGUACAUAACAAAGAUUUAUGGUAUGCUUUCUACGCAGAGUUAUUUUUCAUCGCUUCUAUGCACAACUUAUUAUUUUUUCUAUAUUCGGUAUUAUUUCUUAUAACAUUAUUUCUGUGUGACUGAUAUUAUAAUCGUAUAACAGUUUUAAAAAUAUUUCAGAAUUAAACAAGGAAUAAUAGAAUGACUACAAUAGAUGAAUAGCAACUUAGAACGUAAUAAAAUACAUUACUGCAAGUAAUAUAAGAAUAAUAAAAAAAGAGAGAGAGAGAGAAAAUUAAGAAAUGGAUGCACAGGGUUCGUUCAAGUGCGUUCAUUUUAUACAAUUGGAGAAAGGAUUCAAAAGAAGGAGUUAGGAAAAGAAUUAUAAUAUGGUGAAGAAAAUGCCAGUAGAAUAGCCGCCACUUUACUUUACUUCUGUUUUCCUAGAUCACAGUCACAUAUAUGGCUGCUAAAUCACGGAACAUAUUUCAUCACCAAUUCUUUUUUUUAUUUUUGAAUAAUAAUAAUAAAAAAAAAAAAGAAAAAAGAAAAGAGGAAGAAAAUAUAGUAAAAUAACUUCAAAAUCUUAUCAAUACUGGAAAAUAGUUCACUAGUUUACACAAGUACAAAAUAUAACAUUCUUUGAAAGGGCAAGUGAGACACUCGAUCCCUGUUAGGAUUCAUUCCUGUACAUAAAAAAAUAUUCACUAAGUAAUUUAAUAAUCGAGGAAUAAAUUAGGAUAUAUUAUAUAAAAUGUUAUUUCUUUUUUCAUAACGUGAGAAAGUUUUAUUAAAAAUCACUCUUAUUAUUCUAUAUCGCUUUUUUUCAUAUAAAUUGUAAAUUAAAUUAUUCGAUUAAUAUAAAAUUAUUGCGAAAACCAAAUGUUUUAAAAUGAAAAUACGCAUAAUAUAUUUAAAAUAUUCUUCAUGAUAAAAUAAUGUAUUUACAAAACUAUUAUUAAAUGAUAUCGAAUUUAAGAUAACUUGUGCUUUUAAACAAUAUUAUAAAAUUUUUCUUUGAAUGAAUCAUAUUUUUUUUUUGUAACUACUAUAAAUUACAAAUAUAUUCGCCAGUUUUUUCCCCUUCUUUAAAGAAAAAACGAAAAAAAAGCUAUUUACGAUAAAAUUGAUGCAAUGCGAUAUUUUAUGGAAAUGAAGAUGCAGAGAAAUUGUGUGAAUGAGAAUAAUAUUGUUUAAAAAGAGUGAUAUGAACACAGUAUAAAUGAUUUCUAAUAAACUUAUCCGAAGAAUAUAUUAACAUUAAAUUAUAUUUUUUUACAUAAUAAAUAUAUUCUUAAAAAGAAAAAAAUUGUAUUAAAAGGAAAAAAGAAAUCCUUCUUCGGAGUAUAAUUCACAGGAGUGAUCAGUGCAGAUUUCAAGUGUCUCAUUUCUUCAGUAAUCGCUUGCCACCGGUGCGUUAACGCUCCGUAAAAAAUAAUAAAUCAAAAAAUCGUAAGAGAGUAAUGUUAUGUACUAUAUACAAAUAAUAUCCUAACACUUUAGGAAAGGAUUAACUUUGGAGAAGGGUAAGGGGACCGUUCCAUGCGCAAAAAGAGUUCACGAAGGCCCACAAUCUGUAAAUUUUAUCUUUUCUUUUCUCGUAUUCUUUCUAAUCCUGCCCGCGCUUUCAUUUAUAAUUAUUAUUCUACAAAUUACAAUGCUCUACUCUACCGUUUCGGAUGUAUCCUAAAUUUUAUAUAAUAUAUAUUCGGUAUAUUAUAUUUGUUUUCUAUUUACAAAAUAUGUAGAAUAGACAUUGUUCCUAUCCUAACUAUAAUAUGCGUGCCGUGGCGCGAGACUUUUUUAAACCUUUCAAAGUGCGCUUUUUUUUAUAAACAUAUUACUAAUUACAUAAUCUAUUUUACAGCCAAAUUCAACAAUCUCCGCUAAAAUUCAACGCGUUUCUAUUAGAGAUAUGAAAUUUUUUAUAACGUAAAAGCAAUCAUGUGAUUGAUAAAAUGCACUAAAAUAAACGAAAUAUAUUAUAUACAUAUAAUGUAUAUAUAAUUUGCGUAAUGAACAACACGAGUUCCAUUAAAAGCAUAGUAACAAAAUUCUCAAAUCGCAACAAUAUAUUCAAUAAAUCUUCUCGGCACUUUUUUUCUUAUCUCGGUGCUCGAUGGUAAUAUUAAAUCUUAUAUAUUUGCAAAUUUUUUAUUAGAUCACACACGCAUUUGAUUAUGACAUGCUAAAGGUAAAAACAAAUAAUUUGUCAUGGCCAAAAAAAAAAAAAAAAAGAAAAAAAUACGGCCUCUAUAAAACCGCUUAUAUCUAAAUUGGCCAAAAAAGGAGAGAAAAAAAAAAAAAAAAAGAAAAAAAAGAAAUAAAAAAAAAAAACAA